AUGGAGAGUCAGAGAGUCCAGUCCUCGUACAGGAAGCGUUUCGGGCCUCAGGGCUCCAGUGCCUCAGGAGUCAGACUUGGGAGCCUUCCUUCCAGCCGCUUCUCCUGGCAUGGCAGCCCUCGCAACCUCACCCACUCCAGCCCCGUAUCCAGGAUCUCCCUGGGCUCAACCAACGCCGCCUUUCUCCUGGGGAGCCCCGGGGACCGACUGGACUUCUCAGCUGACUCCCUGAUGAAGGCCCAAUACAAGGAGACUCGCACCAAUGAGAAGGUGGAGAUGAUGGGCCUGAAUGACCGAUUUGCCAGCUACAUAGAGAAGGUGCGCCUGCUGGAGCAGCAGAACAAGGUUUUGGUGGCAGAGCUGAACCAGCUGAAGGGGAAGGAGCCCAGCCGCCUUGGAGACAUCUACCAGGAGGAGCUGAGAGAGCUGCGGCGGCAGGUGGACGGUCUCACUGCUGGCAAAGCUCGGCUGGAGAUAGAGAGGGACAAUCUGGCUGCAGAUGUGGGAACCCUCAAGCAGAGGUUGCAAGAUGAGAUUGGCCUCCGACAGGAUGCAGAGAAUAAUCUGAAUGCCUUCAGACAGGAUGUGGAUGAGGCAUCUCUAAACCGAGUCCAGCUGGAGAGGAAGAUCGAUGCCCUGCAGGAUGAGAUAGACUUCCUGAAGAAGACUCAUGAGGAGGAGCUACGUGAGCUACAGGAUCAGAUCAUGGCCCACCAGGUGCAUGUUGAUGUGGAUGUGUCCAAACCAGACCUGACUGCUGCUCUGAGAGACAUCAGGGUCCAAUAUGAAACCAUGGCCUCUUCAAACAUGCAGGAGACAGAGGACUGGUACCGAUCCAAGUUUGCUGACCUGACAGAUGCAGCCAAUCGAAACGCUGAAGCCUUGCGCCAAGCCAAGCAGGAGGCAAACGAAUAUCGCCGCCAGAUCCAAGUGGUGACCUGUGACCUGGAAGCUCUCCGUGGGACAAACGAGUCUCUGGAACGUCAGCUCCGGGAGAUGGAGGACCGCUUCGCCAUGGAUACCGCUGGUUACCAGGAUUCGGUGAGCCGUCUGGAGGAAGAGAUCCAGGCGCUGAAGGAGGAGAUGGCGAGGCACCUGCAGGAGUACCAGGACCUCCUCAACGUCAAGCUCGCCCUGGAUAUUGAGAUUGCCACCUACAGGAAGCUGCUGGAGGGAGAGGAGAGCAGGAUCACUAUUCCAGUUCAGAGCUUUUCCAACCUGCAGUUUAGAGAAACUAAUCUGGACACCAAAACCCCAGAGGCCCACGUGAAGAGGAGCAUCCUGGUUCGAACUGUGGAGACCAGAGAUGGGGAGAUCAUUAAGGAAUCAACCACUGAACACAAAGAUCUUCCUUAAAGUUUUACAACCAGCUCUCCCAUCUCAUCCUCAGUCAAAAUAUGAGGAUUUUGAAUUACAUUUUUUUUUAAUUUCCAAACCCCAAAGCAGUCAUUACAUCAUUUAAUUUUUCUCUACCUUGAUCGUCAUCAUUAGAUUAAUCUGUCCACUGUCCUACAACCAUAUCAUAACCGUAAGACACUCUGAGACUUCAUCGCUACAAUUUCUGCCAAAAACAUCCAUGUUUAACUUUUUGUACAGCUCCACUGUUAGCUUGAGUUGGCUCUAGGCCAUAACAACUACAGGAAUUGACUGGUAAUCUGUUUAAUUUUAACUCAGACUGACAGACCAGAUUUUUAGCAUUGUUUCAGAUUAGCUGCCAUAGAGGAGGCCUUGAAAUGUAGCCGUCGUGUUCAGCUAAUAUGUAGCGUGGUGGAGGUUGACAUGUGGUUAUUGUGUAUGUGAAAUUUUGCAAGGGAAGUACAAGAAGGAGUCGGGGGUUUGCAGACGUUAGAAUUGGAUUUAGGUAGGGGGACGAGAGACUUGUGUAUGUUAGAGCAGCUUUUGGCAGGAUGACAGGUGAAUCUGGGCGCAUUUUUAAACCUCGACUGGUGCUAUCUUACAUUUCAUUCCUUUGCAGCGGCAGCCAUCUCUGCUUAGGUGUCGCCUCAUGUAUUAAAGGUCCUGCACACGUGCAAAAGUGUUUUCACAUAGUCUCUCUUGUUACUGAUUAGACCUGUUCUCAGGUUUGAAUUGGACAGCGAUAUGCUGGGAUUUGUCUUAGAUCCGCUGCGGCCGCUCUGAAUGUGUAGACACUGUGGCCAGGAACUGACUUUACAGAUAGGUGCAGUGUUCUGCAUGUAACUUAGUCUGACAAAGAGAAAGUACACUAAGCAAAGCCUGACAGCCCACAAGAACAGAGCAGGGUUAAUUUGCAUAAUCAGACAUACUGAGAUGGUGAAAGGCAAUAAAGGAGAAAUCGCUGCAGAGUCCAAAAUGACACUAAAACCAUUCCAAUUGUCUUGCAAAUUUGUCUCGCAAAAUUGCAGUGAUCCAUUUAUCUCACCUGUAAAAACCUUUGCCUGAAUUCUCUCUGAAUCUCUUUGAGCAAUCAAUUUAUAUUCAUUGAUCAAAGUCCUGAGAAGUAGUCUGAUCAGCAGAAUAAGCGGGAACAACUGAGUGUGUAGGGCCAUUAAAGUUUCCUACAUGAAUUUACCUCGACUCUUCUGCAGCCUUUUUUAUCCACCACACACUCAGCCGGUGGCAUAUUCUGUCUCUUGAACACAACCUGAUAACAGACAUCAUCAUUUUUUGACACCAGAGCGUGUCAGGGUAUUCCCACUUGUCUAGCAGAGGUGAUAGGGACAGAGCUGGGUUGGAAGUGGUGUUUGGAAACUGACUCGACCUUUGCCCUCCAGCUUCCAGUUAAUCCACCAACCUCCCUCCUCCAAAUUCACCAGCCAGUUUCUCUAGUGUUUUACUGAUAGCAGAGAGAGACACAGAGAUGGAGGACAGUGCUGGGAAGAUAACCCGCAACAGAAAUGGACCAGGAACCCUUGUGGAGGACGUUGGGGUAAAGGAGGCUGCAUCUAAGGAUGGAUGGAUGGACGUCACAUCUUGUGAUUUUUUUUUUUUUUUUUUUUUGGGAGGCCCUGCCGACUGUAGCCGUGCUGACAGGUCCUGCCGCUCAUGAGUGGUGCUACGCUGAAGCCGCCUGUCUCUGUGCUCAUCGCCAAGGACACACUGAUUCGUGUUCUCAUGUGCCUCCCACCUUCUCCCCUCCUCACCUUCCACCACACAACCCCUCCUCCUCCCAUUAACAUGCAGCCCGCUCUCGUAUUCUUUUUUGUUUUGUUUUGUUUUGUUUUUUUUGGGUUUUUUUUGAAUGUCGAUUUAAAUAGAAAUUCUGACUUUUGUAGCAAAGAUGCAGCUUUUUUCAGAACAAACCUCUGCAGACGUGAAUAUAACAUUAGUUUUGACCAAUGCUGCAAACCAUGACAUCAUGUUAACUUAACAACAAUAAAACAUUUUCUUUGUUAGAA